AUGGAAUUGUCGGAAGAAUUGCGCAAUGCUUCAAAAUUCGAUGAAAGUUCGGAAGAUGAAGAAAUGGAGCAAGAAUUCUUGAAAAAUGCUCGUUUUUUCAAUGACUAUGUUGCUUCGCGUUUUGGCUUGAAUACCUGUGAACAACAAGAAACUCCUCAACAAUUUCAAAGAAUUUGUUUUGAGGAAAAACGCAAGAUGUUUGAUAUUGAAUUCCCGCAAAGAGUUUCGGCUGAGAAAAUGAGAAAAGGUCGUGAAGCUUUGAAGAUUAUUGCCGCGAAUCGAGUGAGUUUGGGCGGGUGGGGUUUAAAUAUGAAAAUUUCGCCUGAAAACAAAAACGACUAGGUGUCCAAGUGGUGAACGCUUUUGCCUAACGUUCGCAAGACCCGGGUUCGACCCCCACCCGGCGCUUCACCAUUUUUUUUUGAAUUUUUUCAGGAAAAAUAUUUCAAAUCAGCCGAAUCCACUGAACAAUCCGCCGAAGUAAUUAUCAAAAAACCAUCGCCACGAAAAAUGGAAAUUCGGCAGCGAAUUGUCGUCGGCUGA